AUGGCUGGGUGCCGGUGGGGCGUGCUGUGGGUGUGCGUGGUGGCGGCCAUCCUGCUGCACGGGGGUGGGCUGGUGCACGGCGACUGCUGGCUGAUCGAGGGUGACAAGGGCUUCGUGUGGCUGGCCAUCUGCAGCCAGAACCAGCCACCGUAUGAGGCCAUCCCUCAGCAGAUCAACAACACCAUCGUGGACCUGCGGCUCAACGAGAAUCGCAUCCGCAGCGUGCAGUACGCCUCGCUGAGCCGCUUCGGCAACCUCACGUACCUCAACCUCACCAAGAACGAGAUCGCCUACAUCGAGGACGGUGCCUUCUCGGGCCAGUUCAAUCUGCAGGUGCUGCAGCUGGGUUACAACCGACUGCGCAACCUGACAGAGGGCGUGCUGCGUGGGCUGAGCAAGCUGGAGUACCUGUACCUGCAGGCCAAUCUCAUCGAGGUGGUCACGCCCAGCGCCUUCUGGGAGUGCCCCAACAUCGUCAACGUCGACCUGUCCAUGAACCGCAUCCAGCGGCUGCACAGCACCACCUUCGCGGGCCUGGCCAAGCUGUCUGUGUGCGAGCUCUACAGCAACCCGUUCUACUGCUCCUGCGAGCUCCUGGGCUUCCUGCGCUGGCUGGCGGCCUUCACCAAUGCCACGCACACCUAUGACCGCAUGCAGUGCGAGUCGCCGCCGCUCUACUCCGGCUACUUCCUCCUGGGCCAGGGCCGCCACGGCCAGCGCAGCAUCCUCAGCAAGCUGCAGUCCGUGUGCACCGAUGGUGCCCACGUGGCUGAGCCGCCCCCGGCGCCGGGACACCUGCCCCCUGGCCGCUCGCCGCCUCCGCCCCCGCCCCCGCCGCCGGAGCCCAGCGAGGCCCCGUGUGCCGACGAGGAGUGCUUCUCGGGUGACGGCACCACGCCGCUGGUGGCCCUGCCCACGCUGGCCCCCCAGGCCGAGGCGCGGCCCCUCCUGAAGGUCAAACAGCUGACCCAGAACUCGGCCACCAUCACGGUGCAGCUGCCCAGCCCGUUCACCCGUAUGUACACGCUGGAGCACUUCAACAACAGCCGCUCGUCCACCGUGUCCCGGCUGACCAAGCCCCAGGAGGAGAUCCGCCUGACCAACCUGUACACGCUCACCAACUACACCUACUGCGUGGUGUCCACCAGCUCCGGGCUGCGCCACAACCACACCUGCCUCACCAUCGGCCUGCCCAGGCCGCCCAGCCCGCCGGGCCCCGUGCCCAGCCCGCCCACGGCCACCCACUACAUCAUGACCGUCCUGGGCUGUCUGUUCGGCAUGGUGCUGGUGCUCGGCGCCGUCUACUGCUGUCUGCGCAGGCGGAGGCGCCAGGAGGAGAAGCACAAGAAGGCGGCCGCGGCUGGCAGCCUCAAGAAGACCAUCAUCGAGCUCAAGUACGGGCCCGAGCUGGAGGCCCCCGGCCUGGCCCCGCUGUCCCAGGGCCCGCUCCUGGGGCCCGAGGCGGUGACCCGCAUCCCAUACCUGCCGGCGCCCGCCAGCGAAGUAGAGCAGUACAAGCUGGGGGAGAGUGGCGGGACGCCCAAGGCCAGCAAGGGCAACUACAUGGAGGUCCGCACGGGCGAGCAGAUGGAGCACAGGGACUGCGAGCUGGGCCGGCCCGGCCCCGACAGCCAGAGCUCCGUGGCCGAAAUCUCCACCAUCGCCAAGGAGGUGGACAAAGUUAACCAGAUCAUCAACAACUGCAUCGACGCGCUCAAGUCCGAGGCCACCUCCUUCCAGGGCGGCAAGUCCGGGGCCGUGUCCACAGCCGAGCCACAGCUGGUGCUGCUGUCGGAGCCACUGGCCGGCAAGCACGGCUUCCUGGCCCCCGUCUACAAGGACACCUUCAGCCAUGGUCUGCAGCGGCACCACAGCGUGGAGGCGGCCACUGGGCCGCCGCGCGCCAGCACCUCGUCCAGUGGCUCCGCACGCAGCCCGCGAGCCUUCCGUGCCGAGGCCGCUGGUGCGCACAAGGCCGUGGCCGCCGAGGCCAAGUACAUUGAGAAGAGCUCCCCAGCCCCCGACGCCAUCCUCACUGUGACGCCCGCGGCCGCUGUGCUGCGGGCCGAGGCUGAGAAGGGCCGCCACUAUGGCGAGCACCGGCACUCGUACCCCGGCUCCCACCCCGCCGAGCCCCCCGCGCCCCCCGCGCCCCCGCCCCAUGAUAGCCUGGGUGGCCGCAAGGCGUCCAUCCUGGAGCCGCUGACCCGGCCGCGGCCCCGCGACCUGGCCUACUCUCAGCUGUCCCCGCAGUACCACAACCUGAGCUACUCCUCCAGCCCCGAGUACACCUGCAGGGCCUCCCAGAGCAUCUGGGAGCGCUUCAGACUGAGCCGCCGGCGGCACAAGGACGACGAGCAGUUCAUGGCGGCCGGCCACGCCCUGCGCAAGAAGGUUCAGUUCGCCAAAGACGAGGACCUCCACGACAUCCUGGACUACUGGAAGGGCGUGUCAGCCCAGCACAAGUCCUGA